GCACUUAGAACUAACUAACCCGUUAUUAAAAGAAAAACAUUAUGUGAAUUAGUCUGAGUGACAGAAUUUUGAAUCUUUCCAAACACAUUCCAUAUAUAUAAAGACUUUUUAGUCUCUCUUUUUCUCUAUAUAUCUGACUUAGCUCUUCAUUUGUCAUAGUAAGCAGCAAUGGAAGAAGAAAUGCCAUCAGUUCCAAUGGAGAGAACAAGUAAGAUUGUGAGAAGAUCAGUUCACACAUACUUGAAAAACUAUCAAUACUUCACUUCCACUACAUCUCUACUCAUAUUUCCGGUUUCCAUCGCGGUUCUCAUCUCUCAAGCCAUCAUUCCUUCAUCUCUGUUCCUUCUUCCAACCAUUUACACUCGGUUUCAGGCCAUCUUUUACGCGGCCGGGUUCCCGGAAUCAUUGCAGUUUUUCUCACCUCUCAAUCUUAAACUCUCUCAAACAAUUUGUUCUUCCAUAUUCACUCUACCCUUCACUCUUUCAUUUCUUCUCCUUGCAAAAUCAUCAAUAAUUAAAGCUCUUCAUCGGCAAAACACAUCGUCUCUUCCACCUUCCUUCUCUUCUAUCUUCUCUCUUUGUUACCCUCUCUUAAUAACCCAUCUCUGCAAUUCAUUUAUGAUUUUCGCAGCCAAUGCUUCCGCAUUAGCUUUGUUAUUUCUCGCCUUCAAUGUUAUUGAUGCUUUUGGUUAUACCUCCACAAACUAUCUUCUCUUUUUCUCAGCAGUUGGAGCUGUUGUUUAUUCAGUUAUCCUUGCAAACACUAUUAUCACCUGCAACUUAGCUUCAAUAGUGUCUGGCAUGGAGAAUUGCAGUGGGUAUUUAGCUUUUCUUAAAGCUUCUAUUCUGAUGAGGGGAAGGCAUUCAACUGCUCUUUUGUUGGCUCUUCCUUUCAAUUUGGGUUUAGCUGCAAUUGAAGCUUUGUUUCAGUACAGAGUGGUCAGCCUUUUUCUUAGUUCAGGAGAGUUCACUUCUUUAAUGGCUCUUGAAGGAUUAGUGAUAGCUUCCUUGUAUUCCAUCCUCAUCCUCCUUGACACAAUUACAUCCUGUGAAUUCUUCAACAGCUGCAAGUCUCGAAUGGAAAUGGUAGAUAAGUACUAUUACCUGGUUCAGCUUCUACCGGAGGAAGAUGAGGAGGGUGCUUUCACUUGUGCAAAGAAUUUAGACUACCUCCCAUGAACUGUAAUGGGAAUUUUCUCAUCUCAAAGACGGUUUCAGGGCACAAGGUCCUCUGAAUAAGCAUGAAAAUAUCAAAUCCAAAUGGCUUGCUGAGAAUGAUAAAACAUCUUUCAAAUUAUUCUAAAUGAAAUCCAUCAAUCAGCUCAAAGAAGAGCUGGAUAGGAAGAGGAAGAAAAAGGGGGCCACAUUUGCCCCACUUCUGCAUUAUUCAAUCUGUGAUUUAUUAUUCUAUAUUGUAAAUUUGAUAGAUUUAGAAAUAAUGUAUUAGGGAAGUCAAAACUUUCAACUCCGUAUCUGGAGAAAUGGUAAAAAGAAAAAAGAAAAAGAUUGAGCA